AUGGGGAAUGGGAGAAUUAGGACCAGGAUGCCUCAACAUUGCCAACUAAAAUCUGUCCAUGAAUUGAUAGAGGACGGUGGAUGGAAUGAGGACCUGCUCAGCACCUUAUUUGAGGAGGAGGAUUGCAGGAGGAUUAAGACAAUUCCUAUUAGUGAACAUGGAGCCAAGGAUAGGCUGGUGUGGGUGUUCUCAAGUACUGGCCGAUAUACUGUCAAGAGUGGGUAUGCAGUGGCAAAAGUCAUGCGUAGGGGAACAAAGAGGUCUGAUCUUCAGAAGGGUAAUAGCAGUAGAAACAUGGAGGACUCUGGUGUUUGGAAAUUUUUGUGGAGUUUAAGGCUCAAACAUAAGUUGAAGCACUUUAUUUGGAGGUGUCUACAUCGAGUUCUACCAGUGAAUGAGGCAGUGAAGUAUAGGAGGAGGGAGGGAAAUGACAGAUGUCUGUGUUGUGGUGAAAUGCCAGAAACGUUGGAACACAUGUUUUUUUGCCAGCAUGCAGAGAAAUUUGGAAGGCAGCUCCCAUCUGUUGGGACGGUCUCAACAAAUCAAAUUCAGUUUAAUAAUGAUCGAAAAUGUCCUGGAAUUGUGGUGGGUAAAGCUAUGCAGGAGUGGCGGGAAUAUGCUGAGGUAUUCAAUGAAGUGGAUGGGCAGGAGUAUGAUGGACAGGAGGAAGUCUAUGGAGCAGGGAAGUGGUCACCACCACCCCAACACUUCAUUUGUCUGAACACUGAUGCCGCGUUGAGUCAUAAGGAUGGAAAAAUUGGCUGGGGUGUGGUAGCCAGAUGUAGCAGGGGUAAGCUACUAGGAGCCUGGGCAGGGAGUGAACAAAGGUGUGGGGAUCCUGCGGUGGAGAUCAAAUUGGAAAGGGUGGAGGAUCCUCGGGCCAGUGCUGUGUUAUUUGACAUCCUGCAUCUGAGGAAAGAGUUUCGGAAUUACACUUUUUCUUUUGUCAGAUGGAAUGCCAAUGUGGUGUCUCAUUCUUUGGCAAGGUUUGCCUUAAACUUAGUUGCUGAUAUAGAUUGGAGAAAUUCUUUUCCUAGCUGGCUGCUUCGGUUAGCCAACAUUGAUGUUGGAGUAGUUGCUCCAAGUGAUGUAAACAUUUUAUGA